UGGCACAACCCUUCUUUCCCCAGCACAGCGGGCAGAUCGGGCAGAUUACAAGCAGCCCAGCCAGUCCACACCAGCUUCUGUGUCCCCAUUCAUCUUAAAUAAGGACGCCACCUUCUUUUACUGUUCAAGAAAGAAGUGUCUCUGUCAUACACGGGGGGAAAUGCUCUUUUGGCUGUUAGCCCUCCUGAUCCUUUGUGGUUUUCUAUGGCAUUAUAAAGGACAGCUAAAGAUCACAGACAUCACUGAUAAGUACAUUUUCAUCACCGGGUGUGACACUGGCUUUGGAAACUUGGCAGCCAGAACUUUUGAUAAAAAAGGAUUUCAUGUAAUUGCUGCCUGUCUGACUAAAUCAGGAUCAACAGCUUUGAAGGAAGAAACCUCAGAAAGGCUCCAAACGGUGCUUCUGGAUGUAACUGACCCAGAAAGUGUCAAGAGGACUGCCCAGUGGGUGAAAAACCAAGCAGGGGAAAAAGGUCUCUGGGGUCUGAUCAACAAUGCUGGUGUUCUUGGCGUGAUGGCGCCCACCGACUGGCUGACAGUGGAGGACUACAGAGAACCUAUUGAAGUGAACCUGUUUGGACUCAUCAGUGUCACGUUAAAUAUGCUCCCCUUGGUCAAGAAAGCUCGAGGGAGGGUUAUCAACGUCUCCAGCAUUGGGGGUCGGCUUGCAUUCAGCGGAGGGGGUUACGCUCCAUCCAAGUAUGCAGUAGAAGCCUUCAAUGACAGCUUAAGGCGGGACAUGAAAGCUUUUGAUGUGCACGUCGCAUGCAUUGAACCAGGAUUGUUCAAAACGGAACUGUCAGAUCCAGUAAAGACCACCGAAAGAAAACUCACCAUUUGGAAGCAUCUGCCUCCAGACAUCAAACAACAAUACGGAGAAGGCUACAUCGAAAAAAGUCUAGACAAACUGAAAGGCUCUACAUCCCUUGUGAACAUGGACCUCUCCCUGGUGGUGGAAUGCAUGGACCACGCUCUCACAAGUCUCUUCCCUAAAACCCAUUAUGCUGCUGGAAAAGAUGCCAAAACUUUCUGGAUUCCUCUGUCUCACAUGCCAGCAGUUUUGCAAGACUUUUUAUUGUUGAAACAGAAAGUAAAGCUGGCUAAUCCCAAGGCAGUGGGACUCAGCUGACCACAAACGCCUGCCCCAGGCUAUGAGAUUGGCUGAUUCCAAGGACACAUCUCCUUCUUCAUCUCAUUCUUUAACUAAUCCAACCUGGACUCAUUUAGAUGAUGCUUCUGUUGGU